AUGCAGCUGCUUCCCAUGCGUGAUCCCCGAACCAUGAGCUGGUUCGGUGCUGGGGAUUGGAUUCUACUCAUCUACAUCCUCGGUCUUUACGUGGGCAUAGUGAAAGUAAUCCUGCCCAAGUAUAUGGCCAAGCGGAAAGAGUUCGAUCUGCUCGGCUACAUACGAUGCUAUAAUCUGCUCCUCGUCGCCAUCAACGCUGUUUUCGCCUACAAGAUCGCGAGACGGUCCUAUUUCGGCGGAGGGUACAGCUGGUUUUGCCAAGGUUUGGAUCUUGGAGGAAAGGACACCACCCUGCUUCAACUGAACUAUCUCUACAUGUUCGUUCGAAUUUUCGAGUUCUCGGAUACGGUUUUCUUCGUGCUCCGAAAGAAGUUCAACCAAGCCACUUUCCUGAACAUUUCCCACCAUUGCAUCGCUGUCGGUCUGCCGUGGUAUGGAGUUGCGUACGGGAUCGACGGUCAGAUCUGCCUGAUGGUUCUGUUCAACAUGGUCGUGCACGUGAUUAUGUACUCGUAUUAUUUUCUGGCCUCGUUCCAAUCCAUGGUCCCCUACCUUGGCUGGAAGAAACACUUGACGAAGUUGCAGAUCCUGCAGUUCGCCGUGGUUCUCGUGCACAUGUCGAUUCCGAUAUACCACGACUGCGGAUAUCCGCCGCAGAACUCUAUUCUUGUCAUCUCGAUGUACGCCUAUUUUCUCGUCAUGUUCACUAAGUUCUACGGAAGUACGUACAGCGACGCCAAGAAAAGCCUUCCCGAGACUAACGGUAGCAUAGCCCGGGCAAAUACGCACAAAAUCAAGUAG